AUGUGGAAUCCAAAAAUAAAAUCAGGCAAAAUUAUUUUUUUCAUAAUUAUUUUUAUAUUUAAGUUUUCUGAAGCCAUUAGUUUUGUACCAGAAGCUCGAGCAGGACAUGUAGCAAUAAUAAUUGGAAAUCUGUUGUAUUUUAUGGGGGGUUCUCGUUUCAUUCCAUCUACAAAUCCGAUUAAGAGUUCAAUAAGAGUAUAUAAUUUAUCAGAUGAAGUUUUUUUCCUAAACCUUUCAUCUCAAUUCUCAACUAGUAGCCCACCAUAUGUAGACCUCACAGGUACUUCUGCACGAAUGAAAUAUGCAAGUGAAAAAGGCACUGUGGUUCUCGGAGGUGCUAAUAAUGAAAAUGCUUAUUUGAUUGGAGGUGUACAACAGAAUCUUACACGCCUUAAUGAAAUUGAUCGUAAUGCAACUAUAACUUCAAAUCAAGCAUUAAUGAUAGAUGAAAUUAAUAAAACGUACAAUACGACGGAUCAAUUCAUUUUUUUCUACCAGUCACAUGCAGAAGCUUGGUCAUAUCCUUUAAAUCAAAAAGGAACGCCGCCACCCAGACGAAGAUCAACUGCAACUAUAAGUCGAACUGGAAUAAUAUAUAUAUUUGGAGGGAGAGUCCAAGUAGACACAGGUUCACCUAUAUUCAUUUGCUAUAAUGACUUGUAUACAUUUGAUCCGGUAUUGGUAUCGUGGAAUAAAAUUAAUGCAGACAAUGCUCCUUCACCUCGAAGUCACGCAGCGCCAGUAUUGCUUCCAAAUGGCAAGAUUCUUUACAUUGGUGGCGUCUCUCAGACUGACCCUGGAAAGGACGCAGACCUAAUAGACAUGAAUGAGAUCCCAGUAUUUGACACGAUUUCUUCAAUCUGGUCAUAUAAAUAUGCAAGUCAAUCAAUCCGCAUUCAACCUCGAUUAGCUCACACUGCAACCUUAACACCAGACAAUAAUGAAAUUAUUAUAAUAGGAGGAAACUCAAGUAAUAUUACUAAUGAUUUAGUGCCACCAGUUGACCUCAAUUCCUUUAUUUAUAUAUUAGAUAUUCCAUGCAAAACAUGGGUAACUACUUUUACACCUGGUAAAUCAAUCUGUAACAUGGAUAGUAGAGGAUUAAAUAUUGGUGAAGUCGUUGGUAUUACUAUUGCUGGUUGUGUUGGCCUUGGUGCUAUUAUUGCCUUAAUAUAUUUUUUAGUAAAAAAAUAUAAGCCAAAGAUUAAUAAAGGGGUUGUAGACAAAAGACCGUUAUCACCAAUUGAGCAGCCCAAAUGA